AUGAUAGCAGAUUGUCAACCAUUACGUCCGUCAAUCGACUACGUAGCGCUGUCGUCUCGCCAAUAUGCCUUCUGCUGGUUGAUUUUCUUUGGGCUGUACUUAAUUGCGUGCAUUUUCAACGUCAGCUACGCCAAAUUCUACUGGGACUUCGAUGCAACCGUGUUGAGCUACACGCUUGAAAGCUACAAGGUUGGAAUGCCUCGUGAACAUUUCCGAACUAUCGCUUACGUUCACAUCGCGUUGGCUGCCGCACAUGGGGUUUGUGCCCUGCUAAUGAUUGGCGGGUCGCUUCGACAACGCACUUUAGCUUUCUCACCGCGGAAAAGAAACAUGGAUAUACGUAAUAUUCAGCCAAGCAACGACAGCAGAAAUAUGUCGAGUAAAGGAGCACUGAGGCGUAGUACAGUGCAGAUUUACUACAGACUGCUGAGUCGACGUGGAUUGUUUGGGGUCAAUGGACGGCACUUCCAUACCGUUCUGAUCUGUCGCGAGCUCCUCGAGACUUGUCUCCAGACCGCUCAAGCUAUCCGAAUGAGCAAGUAUCUGCCACGCGCAGUACUUAACCGGUUCUACGUGAGCUUGCUGCUGGUCAACUGCUGGUCAUCUGUGGUGAUUUACUCGCGGUGCUUCUGGCGGGGCGAGGCUCGUCGUAGACUGGCAACAAUCGCAUGCGAUAGCGUUCUCGAUAUAAUGGCUGCGAUCGGAGUGCCCGUCACAAUUGUUCUGAGCUAUGUGGAGCAAUACGAUGUGGUGCUCACGAGCUUUGGCUUUGAGUUGACCGAUGACGACGAAUGGGUAGCGCGCAUGCUCAACGAAGCGCAGAUCGUUUUGGUCGUGUCGUGGUUAGAUCUGGCAAUGCGGGUUGUCUUCUCCCUUGGACUCAUUAUCUCCAUAAUGAAUAUGAGCGAGCUCCUCAAGAAAGCACGUCCACGCCGUAGUUUGCUCCACCAUAUCCACCUUCUCUUCGCUGCAUGGGGGGUCAUAGUUUUGGUGAUGCACGUGUACGCCGCCUUCCAGAAACCGUUGGUUGAGUGCAACCCCCAAGUGCACCCCAUGGCUGGUGCAGUUCCGUCGUGCUUUGUGGUGAACUUCGACUGUUAUGAGCUUAAGAUUUCCGGCAAACAUAACGAAGUGCAGACAGAGUGGGAGAAAUUGGACCGCAAUUCAGCCGUAAAGAUCCGAGUUUUGCAUUGCCCAACUCUCGAGAUACCCGAUAGUUUCAAGGAUUUCACUCGGCUGCGUUUAGUCCAGGUCUACAAUUCCACACUUUUGGAAUGGGGAGACAACGCAGCACUCACGAGUUCUCACCACCCAGAGCUGAUAGAGCUUUCAGUGGUCCGAGUUAACAUGACGAAGGGCCUUCUACCACUCGGCUUUCAGUCCUCCGACUUCCCCCUUCAACUCUCCCUGAUCUCGUUCUGCGAGACAAAUUUGAAGACUUUACCCUCCGACCUUGACUCGAAAUGGCAUGCCGCAUCCAUUCUGUACAUCGAAAACAGUCAGCUACAAGCCGCGCCGCCAGUGCUAGCGCGCUUGCAGCCCCAUUACUUGACACUAGUGGGGAAUCCGAUCACUGAGUUUUCACCUGAGAUCUUCGAAGCCUCGUACGCGCAGUAUUUGAUCCUCGACCGCACUAAUGUGCGUGAAUUACCGCGAAAUGUGUCACAGCCGAUUGUCGGCCCGGCUUUUAUCUCUCUCUCCAAUACUAACAUUUCGUUCUUUUGGUCGUGGAUCGACCCGUUAGUCGAAUCGAUGCUGGAAACCAUGCCCCCGAUCGUUGCAGGUGGCUCUCCGUACUGCAAUGACCUCGAGAAAAUCGUGAACGGGGAAAUCGAUAGCUUCAGCGCGCCAUUCGACGAAGGACAGUCCCCAAUUCUCAUGAACGCGUCGAAAGAGAAUUGGGAGAUAUUGAUAAAAGCAGUCGAUUGUUCGCCAGCAUUUUGGAGAACCCGGUUCCCUCUCCAGCUGUGGGAUGAAGCCUAUGCCCUACAGUAA